AUGCAUUUCCAACCAGUACUUUCUUUCUUAAUUGCCGCCGCGGGCUUUGUUAGCACUGUUACCUCCGCUGACAGUGACGCUUCUGAAAAGUUUAUCUUAGAACCAAGUGACUUGGAAUCUAUCAUCAAAGCCUUGCAAGAAGUUGACCAUACCAUCGAUAUACCUCAUCUACAAUUGAGUAAUGUCACUAAUGGCACGGCAGCUAUCAGUGUUUCUAACUCUGCCACUUUCGAUUUGGUUGGUGUGAAGGAUGCCACCACUUUGCAAGUGACUAAAGAUGGAUACUUGGUUUCCGUUUCUGCUAAUGGCGGUAUCAAAUAUGCUACUAUUGCCGCAGCUGCCGCAGAUCCAGCCGUUCUGUUUACUGCAGAUCAAUCAUAUGCCUCUCCAGGCUUCUCUAUAUCUGGUGGUAACUUAGCCUUGAACGGUACUGACUCUUGGUUGUUGUCCGUCAACUCUACUGAUUUGACCUUCAAGGCCAACGGAGCUUCAUUGCUGAACGGAGAAACUGUUAAUAUUCCAUUAAGUUUGGCUGCUGUUGGUACUAGCGGCGGUUCUACUGUGCCAGAUUACCUCCCAUCGCUGACUAUCAACUCUGGUGCCGAUAUACAAAAGAGACAUAACCAGGACAGCCAUGACCACAGCAAUUACACGUAUGGUAGUGGUUUUAAACAUGGUAACCACACCCACGGCUCUAAUUACACUCAUCACACCGAUUACAGUAAUCACACUCACACACAACCGCCACAAUUCUCUGAUCUAUCGGGAGACUUCACCACUACCGUCACUCAUGAAACUACAGCUUUAGAACCAAAGGUCACUUUCCAGAAGAGGGCUGACGCUGUAUCUCAAAUCGGUGAUGGCCAAAUCCAGGCUGGUACUGGUUCUACUGCUGUUGCCGAAACUACUCCUGCUGCUGCCGAAACUACUUCUGCUGCUGCCGAAACUACUCCUGCUGCUGCCGAAACUACUUCUGCUGCUGCCGAAACUACUCCUGCUGCUGCCGAGACUACUCCUGCUGCUGUCGAAACUACUUCUGCUGCUGUCGAAACUACUCCUGCUGCUGCUGAAACCACUCCUGCUACCGAAACCACUCCUGCUGUUGUCACUUCCGCAGUCGAAACCACUCCUGUUGCUGUCACAACAGCUGCUUCAUCCACUCAGGCUCUAAGUACUUACGCUGGAGCUGGUGUCAAGCAACUUGCUUCAUCUUCUGGUUUGUUUGCAGCAGCCUGUGUGUUGGGAUCUCUAUUAAUCUAG